AUGCUCACCCUGAAGUCCGACCUGUGGCCUGCGAGGUGUGUUCAGCCGGAACCCAAACUCCAGGAUCCUUCGAGGUCUUUUCGGCUAGCAUCCCUUACCCUCCAGGGGUGCAAACCCACCGCCAGCCAGCGGCAGCCAGCCGCGCCGGCUGCGCUGGGUGCCUUUUGCAGCUGCUCUCCGCCAGCUCCCCUCGCUGUCUCGAGGUCGUCGUGCAGCCAUAGGGGGCACCAGGAUCCGCGUCCCGCCGCAGCGCCCGGAAGACAUGCAGGAGAGAGAAUAAGCCAGAGGGACACGCUGGUGCAUCUCUUUGCUGGGGUAUGUGGUGGCACGGUGGGAGCUAUUCUGACACGUCCACUGGAAGUUGUGAAAACGCGGCUGCAGUCGUCUUCUGUGACGCUCUAUGUCUCUGAAGUUCAGCUGAGCACAAUGGCUGGAGCCAGUGUCAACCGCGUCGUGUCCCCAGGACCUCUCUAUUGCCUGAAGGUGAUCUUGGAAAAAGAAGGGUCUCGCUCCUUGUUUAGAGGAUUAGGCCCCAAUUUAGUGGGGGUGACCCCUUCCAGAGCAAUAUACUUUACUGCUUAUUCAAACGCCAAGGAAAAGUUGAAUGGCACGUUUGAUCCUGAUUCUACCCAGGUACACAUGAUUUCAGCUCAGUGGCAGGCAUUUACUGUAAAACCUCCUUUUACUGCAAUCACUGCAACCAACCUCAUUUGGCUUAUAAAGACUGGGUUACAGCUUGAUGCAAGGAAGGGGGGGGAGCAUGGGUGUUUUGAAUGUGUUGGUAAAGUGUAUCAGACAGAUGGACUUGGAGGAUUUUAUAGGGGCAUGUCUGCUUCAUACACUGGCCUAUCAGAGACUGUUAUCCAUUUUGUUAUUUAUGAAAGUAUAAAGCAAAAACUACCGGAAUGUAAAACUGCUUCUGUGAUGAAAAAUGGUGAUGAGUCCAUGAAAGAAGCAUCAGAUUUUGUGGGAAUGAUGCUGGCUGCUGCCACCUCGAAAACUUGUGCCACAACCAUAGCAUAUCCACGCGAAGUUGUAAGAACAAGACUACAUGAAGAGGAAACACAGUACAGAUCCUUUUUCCAGACCCUGUCUUUGCUUGUUCAAGAAGAAGGUUAUGGAUCUCUGUACCGUGGUCUGACAACCCAUCUGGUGAGACAGAUUCCAUACACAGCCAUUAUGAUGGCCACCUAUGAAUUGGUGGUCUACCUACUGAAUGGACAGCAGCAAAGGCUGCCCCACCAGAGAGAAGGAAGAUAA